AUGGCUUCGCGUGCACACAAAAUCGGCUCGCUGCUGUUCUGCCCCAACUGUGGCACGCUGCUCUCACUCCCGCGCGACGGCGAGAAAAUUGUGACCUGCGAGCAGUGCAGCUACGAGGAACCGGCUAGUUCAUACGAAAAUGUCAUCAUCACCACCAAAUCAGACCCGGAGGCGUUCCCUUCAGCACUGAGGCAGAAGCGGAAAACACAGACAAAGCACCAUGAUACGGGAGACAAGGGCACUCUGGUCUCUGAAAAGUGCCCGGUGUGCGGGCAUCUGGAAGCGUACUCGAAGGAGAUGCAGCUACGGAGCGCGGACGAGGGAUCGACAAUAUUCUACACGUGCAACGGGUGCCAGCACAAAUGGCGAGUGAACAACUAG